AAAAAAUAAAGUAGAGAUAGGAGUGCUAUUUGAUUGUAUGGUGCAACGGCCUGCCAUACCCUGAACCAAGCGGGACUUAAAAGCUAUAUUGCAGAGCGCUUUUGUGAAACUAAAGGAAGAGGACGCUAGAGAUGAGCAUUAAGAAGGCAGGAGGGGCGAGAAUUAGACGUGUCUUUCUCCAACGGGGUUCCGACUAAAUGCUGGGGUCUUAGAACUGACGAAGAGCCAGGCUUUGGGAUUGGAUAGCGACCAUAUAGCGUAACAGCACCCCCGCCCCCCAUCAUCAUCUCCUGUGUUGAGAAUUGCGUUAAAAAAGGAAAGGCCUGAGCUUUGUCAACAUUACGGGAUUAAUAUAUUUUUUUAUUUUUUUAUUUUGUCCCUCCCUCCUUUAGAUUAAGAGGAACGGUUGCAGGCUGGUGUAUGUGUUUAGAAUGGGACACGCUGAAGGUCCAGUCAAAGAAAAAGACAGUUAAGGAUGCAGGAGCCCAACAAUGGAUUUCUCCUUCUCUUUCAUGCAAGGGAUCAUGGGAAAUACAAUUCAGCAACCCCCUCAGCUCAUUGACUCAGCCAACAUCAGACAGGACGGCUCCUGCGACACCGGCAGUGACCCGGGUGAGGAUAGCGGUCCCUCUUACGAUGCUGCCCUGGAUGCAGAGUUCUCUUACCCGCCGUCAGCCUCGGAGGACAUGCCGCAGGUCCCUAACGGCUACCCCCCGGGUCUGGGCCUGUACGAGCCCCAGGCCAAGUUCUCCAUGUACUCGCAGUUCCCCAAUGGCUCGGCUAAUGGCUACGGCGCCAUACGGAGCUACGGGGACCACGGCCUCCUGCCGGGGGAGGGAACUGUCCUGAGAGGACCCGGCCUCCAUGAGAGACCUCUGUCCCCUGUGUCUCCGCCGCUGUCGGUACAUCACCCGCACCUCCACCACCCCCAUCACCAUCACCACCACCACGCACACCCUUUCCACUCGAACCCGCCCCACAUACAAACCCACUCACACCCGCACAGCCCCCCGCCGCCUCCACCACUGCCGCUGCCCGCCCAGCACCAGCUGUCCCAGACGCCUCACAUCAUGAGCCACAACCUGCCGCCGCCGCCCCCCUUACACCUGCCUUCCUCCAGCCCCCCGCCAUCCCUGGUGGACAGCACCCCGUCUUCUCAGCCCGCGCUCGCUCCAUCCAACACCCCCGGCGGCGUGCUGAAGAAAACCAGCUCUCCAGAGAUCAAGCUGAAGAUCAUAAAGACGUAUCAGAACGGAAAGGAGUUGUUUGAGUCUGCGCUGUGUGGGGAUCUGCUGCAGGAGCUGCAGAAGGAGUCUCAGAAGAACGAGGCGACUCAAAUGCAGCGCAGACACGAGAGGAAGAAGGAGAAGAGGAAAAAGAGCGCGAGGUUGCAGCUUCAGGCUCAGCAGAGUGUGGAGCGGAGCCAAGAGCAAACCGCUUCCACCGCCCAGACAGAGGAGUCCGUCCAGCCGCAGUCAAGAGAACCGCCGCCAAGCGACCCGCCGCCGGCCCAGACGGAGAAAACUCAGAGGACGGUCAUCAAAACUGAACCAAAAACACAGAAGAUUCCUAAAGUCCAUCAUCCGUCGGUGAUCCAGGAGACGGGGUUCUGUAAGGAGUUUGUGAUUGGAGAUCUGGUGUGGUCCAAAGUGGGCACCUACCCCUGGUGGCCCUGCAUGGUCUCCUCCGACCCACAGAUGAAGGUCCACACUCGCAUCAACACCAGAGGACACAGGGAGUAUCACGUCCAGUUCUUUGGCAGCGUCGCUGAGCGCGCGUGGAUCCACGAGAAGCGGAUAGUCACAUACCAGGGGAAGAAGCAGUUCGACGAGCUCCAGGCAGAGACGCUGCGCAAAGCCACAAACCCCGUAGAGAGACAGAAACUUUUGAAGCCCAUCCCUCAGAGGGAGCGGACUCAGUGGGAAGUAGGCGUCGGCCAUGCUGAGGACGCCUUUCUCAUGACGCGCCAGGAACGGAUCGACAACUACACCUUCAUCUACGUCGACCCGGACCCCGAAGAGGCGCCGCCUACCAAGAAACCCAGCAUCAAAGCUGAAAAACGGAGCCGGCGCUCCAGCGGCUCGGUCGGAAAGAAGGAGGAUGUCGGCGUGAAGUCGCCCGACAGAGAGCAGCCGCCACGGAGGCAGCUGCCGCGUCGGCAGUGCAGCAUUUCCAACACGGAGGACAGCUCGAACUCGCAGUCCGCCGGGGAAGAGAAGAACCAGAAGGGAGAACAGCAGAAGAAGAAGAGUUCACCGCUGCAGAACGCCGGCUCUGAUGCAAAGCAGGACUCGCCGCCGCCGGUGGUCAGGCCGUGGAAAACGGCAGCGGCGAGGAAGCUGCUGCCUCUCUCCAUCACCAUGAAGAGGCUGAACGUAGAGAUCACCAAGUGCGACUGGCCUCUCCUGCAGAAAAACAUCACGCCGUCCCCAAAGAAGGACAGAGAAGAAGAGAAGAAGGAGAGGGUGGAGAGAGAGGCCCGGCAGCCCGACCUGGGGUACUGCUCACCUGACCAGGACAGCAGAGCCAAACCUGAGCCCAGUCCAGAGGAGGAGGAAGAAGAGGGCGACGAAGGUGAGGAAGAGAGCGACGAGAGGAGAGGUUCUCCGGCCAGCAGGAGGAGCGAGUCAGCGAAUCGACAAAACUCUUCACCUGGAUCGCCCAGCAGCAGUCCGCAAGGCUCUCAGGAGAGGAAGCCUCAGCGGCGGUCAGUCCGGAGUAGAUCUGAGUCAGAGAGAGGCACCGAUCCCAUCCCGAAGAAGAAAACCAAAAAAGAACAGGCUGAGAUGGCUCCAGAAACCACACUGAAAACAGGAUCACAGAAAGGAGCCAGUGAGAUCUCGGAUGCGUGCAAACCGCUGAAGAAGAGAAGCAGAGCGUCAACGGACGUCGAAAUGGCUUCGUCUCAGUACAGAGACACGUCUGAUUCCGACUCCAGGGGUCUCAACGACCCACAGGGAUUAUUUGGGAAGAGCCUGGACAGUCCAGCAGCGGCAGACGCUGACGCUUCUGACACUCAGUCUGUGGACUCCGGUUUGUCCCGUCAAGACAGCGGUACCGGACAGAGAGACACGGUGUGCCAGAUCUGCGAGGCAUACGGGGAGGGUUUGGUCGUGUGUGAAGGUGAUUGCAGCAGACAGUUCCACCUGGAAUGUCUCGGCCUGUCGUCUCCGCCAGAGGGCCGAUUCACCUGCACUGAAUGUAGAAAUGGCAAUCAUCCUUGUUUUAGCUGUAAAUCAGUGGACCCAGAGGUGACUCGUUGUUCUAUGUCUGGAUGCGGAUGCUUCUACCACGAGGAUUGUGUCCGGAAGCUGCCGGGCACCACCAGCGGUUCUGGUGGAGGGUUCUGCUGUCCGCAGCACAGCUGCUCCACCUGCUGCCUAGAGCGAGACCUGCAGCGAGCCAGCAAAGGCCGUCUGAUUCGUUGUAUCCGCUGCCCAUUGGCUUAUCACCCCAGCGACGGCUGCCUGGCCGCCGGCAGCGUCAUCCUCACCCAUCACAUCAUGAUCUGCAGCAACCACGGCAGCGCCAAGAAGAACGGCCUCCUCUCGUCCCCCGUCAACGUCGGCUGGUGCUUUCUGUGUGCCAGAGGGCUGUUAGUGCAAGACCUUACUGACACCAUAUUAAGUUCAUAUGCCUAUAAGUCCCACUACCUUCUGACUGAGUCAAAUCGUGCUGAGUUGAAAUUACCUAUGAUUCCCUCUCCUUCGUCAGCUACCAAAAAGAAUGUUGGGAAAGGAGGAAAGUUGCUGUGCUGCGACUCAUGCCCAGCUUCCUUCCAUCCGGAGUGUCUGGAGAUGGAGAUGCCCGAAGGCGCGUGGUCCUGCAGCGACUGCAGGGCGGGGAAGAAGCCUCACUACAAACAAAUUGUCUGGGUCAAACUUGGAAACUACAGAUGGUGGCCGGCUGAGAUCUGCAACCCUCGCUUGGUGCCGUCAAACAUCCAGAGCCUUCGGCACGACAUCGGCGACUUCCCGGUCUUCUUCUUUGGUUCCCACGACUACUACUGGAUCAACCAGGGCCGCGUGUUCCCAUAUGUAGAGAACGACAAGAACUUUGUCACGGGUCAGAUCAACAUCAACAAAACCUUCAAGAAAGCUCUGGAAGAAGCAGCUCGGCGGUUUCAGGAGCUCAAGGCUCAGAGGGAGAGCAGGGAAGCACUGGAGCAGGAGCGUAACUCCCGCAAACCUCCGCCAUACAAAAUCAUCAAGUCCAAUAAGCCAGUGGGUAAGGUGCAGAUGCACGUGGCCGACUUGUCAGAAAUCCCUCGAUGCAACUGCAAACCGACAGAGGAGCAUCCUUGCAGCCUUGACUCCCAGUGUCUCAACCGUAUGCUGCAGUACGAGUGUCACCCGCAGGUGUGUCCUGCAGGAGACCGAUGUGAGAAUCAGUGCUUCUCCAAGCGGCUGUACGCAGAAACUGAGGUGGUGAAGACGGAGGGCUGCGGCUGGGGGCUCAGAACGAACCAAACGCUCCGCAAGGGAGACUUUGUGACUGAAUACGUGGGAGAGGUUAUAGACUCGGAGGAAUGCCAGCAGCGAAUCAAACGAGCCCAUGAAAAUCACGUGACCAACUUCUACAUGCUCACCCUGACCAAGGACCGAGUGAUAGACGCCGGCCCAAAAGGAAACUCCUCUCGCUUCAUGAACCACAGCUGCAGCCCCAACUGUGAAACCCAGAAGUGGACGGUGAACGGAGACGUUCGCAUCGGGCUCUUCGCCCUCUGCGACAUCGACGCCGGCACAGAGCUAACAUUCAACUACAACCUACACUGUGUGGGCAACCGGAGGAUGUCCUGCCACUGCGGAUCCGACAACUGCUCUGGGUUCCUCGGCGUUCAGCCGACGAGUGCCGUGGUGAUGGAGAAGGAGGAGAAGGCUAAGAACGCCAAGCUGAAGCCCAAGAAGCGGAAGCUGCGGCCGGAGGGCAAACACACGCACGAGUACGUCUGUUUCUGCUGCGGAGAAGGAGGAGAGCUGGUGAUGUGCGACAGGAAAGACUGUCCGAAAGCGUAUCACCUGCUGUGUCUCAACCUCACCAAGCCGCCAUACGGACGCUGGGAAUGUCCAUGGCACGACUGCAGCGUAUGCGGCGCCUCGGCUUCGUCACUCUGCGACUUCUGCCCCCGUUCAUUCUGCCGGGACCAUGAGGCGGGGGCGCUCACCACCUCCGCUCUGGACGACCGCCUCUGUUGCUCCAACCACGACCCGCUCAGUCCGCUGGGCUCCGGCUCGACCCAGCCGCGGCGCUUCGAUCGGAGCCCCGUCAGGGUCAAAGAGGAGUCUAAAGAGUGAAGCCGCAACUUCCACUAUACCUCAUUCCCAGCGAAGUGCUCUCUGACGUCUGCAGCGGCGCACUUCACAAAGGGUGUUUGUGUUUGUUCUUGUUUGUUUUUCUGUUUUUUAAGCGGUGCGAUAGCCGCCGCUAGCGGCUGGGACACGCUGAUGAACUGAUGCUGUUGGCAGAGAGAGCAGAGCGACUGAAGGAACGACACGGGAAGGUGACUGAGCAUAAUCAUGCGCUGUUUUCUCUCCUCUCUCGCCAUAAAAGAUAAAAAAUAGUUACACUUUCUACAGCUCGCCUGCGCCCUCCGGAGGGCCCAGACCUUUCUGCGUUUCUUCUUCUUUUACUGUUGGCGCUUUUUUUGUCACAUUUAAAUGUUUUGCAUCAUCAGGCAAAUUUUAAUAUCAAGCACAAUCUGUUUGAAUCCAAAAACAUUCAUUCAAAAGAUGAUUUGAUUUAUUUAAAGGGGGGAAAGCUAAUCAAAGGAACCUGGCUAAAGGUAGGAAAAUAAUUUCUCACUAAUACUUGGAUAUAAACAUUUUUUAUAUUCCUCUUUGCUAAUGUCAUAGUUUCUCCAUCUGAAUGAGCUCCAGACUUUAACCAGACCUCUUGGAAAAAAACCUUCAUCAAACCUUUUUAAGUCAUUCAGAUGUGGAGAUACCACCUUUCCAUGUUUUCUACAUUGAACACUGCAAAAAACGCCAAAUACUACCAAGUAUUUUUGGUUUCUAGUGCAAAUAUGUUAUUGCACUUGAAAUAAAACCAAACUGACUUACAAGUAACUUUUCAGGAAGACGUACGAGUUUAUUUUAACAAGACAAUUUUCCCAUAAGUGGAAUUAUUUGCCGAUGGAGCUAGCACUUUCUCAUCAAUAUCAAGGGAUUAUUUACUUAAAACAAGCUUCCAUAUCUUGAUAAGUUAAAUUUGUCUUAAUUGAAGUGUAAUAAGAUAUUUGCACUAGAAACCAGAAAUCCUUGGUAAGGUUUUGUGUUUUUCCAGUGAGUCUAAAAUCCAUAGAAAUAUAAUUGUAACCAUUAUCAGACUGAUAAGAUGGUUUCUGAGAUAUUUUGGCCUAUUUUAAUCUGUUAAACUGUUGAUCACCUGGGAUUAAUUUCCUGUUAAUUGAUGAUUUAUCAGGUGUAGACAGGUACGUCUUCACAUAGACUCAGGUUGCUGUGAGCAGCUUCUUCUUUCCUCUGUAAAUAAUAUCUUCAUUUGAAAGCAGCAUUUUGUGUUCAGUUAGAUUAUUUAGCUCUGAUAUUAAACAUUAUUUGAUCUAAAGCAUUUAAAUGUGACAGAAAAACCAGAGAAACCUGUAAGGAGGCGAACACUUUUUCCACAGUCCUGUAAGUGUUGCCGUGCUUCGGCGCUCUGAAGAUCUCAAAGGUUAAAGAGGAGGAAGAGGAGGAGGAGGGAAGGUGCUACGUCGAACCUCUCCACCCGCCGUGCUGCUCUCCUCCCCCGUUUCCCUGCUGUAAACGACGUAGACAAGGCAGCUCUUCUUCAUUGCCUCUGACACAAUCCGCCACCCUCCUUCUUCUUUAUGGUCGAAAAAGAACUCGGAAAAAUGACCAAAUUUGUGCAAUUUUACUUUUUUUUUUUUGUUUGUUUGUUUUUGUUUGUUUUUAUUGUUUUCCAGGACCACACUACAUUCCAAUCUUCCUUGAACAUGCUUUUUAAUAUACUUAUGGGGUAUAGAUGAAUAUAAUUAUAUACAGUAUCUAUGUUUGUCAAUGUUUACAGACAGAUUUCUCUCACUUCAUCUCGGUGAGUGGUGUAUUACGUUUGUUUGUUUCGGUGUUGAACAUUACGCAGACCUCUUUGUGAAAAUAGUCCUAUUAAGGUGAAAUAUAAUGGUAUAUAGUGUAAUGGUAUGACAUUACAGAAGUACUUGUGAUUUCAUAUUGCCAGUCCCACUCGCCAUUGUGUACAUAAUUGGCUCACCAUAUUGUAAAGUACUUAAAAAUCAGGACGGCGGAGGCUCUUCUGUCGGGUCUGGAACAAGAACUUGGUUUUUUGGGGAUUUUUUUUUAAAGUUCUCACGCGUCCUUUACUUAAUUCCCGUUUCCUGUAUAGUAAAUGGAGAGCGGAGGGAGGAGCCAGCUUGUAAUCACUGGUGCUGUGUUUCAAGUAUUGUUAAUAAGCCUUAAGUUUUAAUUUUCGGCACGCUGCAGAGGGUUGCGGCUCAUUUCAGUUGUUUCAUUUCACCCGUGAACUGUGACGGUGUUUCUUUUUAUGUUUUUGCCAAACCUAUGAAAAGCACUUUCACACGGGCAGACACAGAAAUACACGGACAGGACAAGUAUUUCAAAAAACUGAUACCUCUUCUUGUUAUGACAUUGGAGUUUAAUCUGUGUUGUGACUGUUUUUGCCUCUUAGUUGGAAACAUUGUGAAUGCUAGGUCUCCUUUUUCUUUGUUUUUAAACAAAAGUGGCCUGAUUGCUAGGAGUUUAUUUUGUUGUUGUUGUUUUAGACAGAGGGGGGCCCAAAUAGGAAUAAACUGCCGCCCCAGCUUUGGAUUUAAACAAGAGAAAAAAAAUCCUCCAGAGGCACUUCUUUUUGUUUGUUGGCAGGAAGCAAUGGUGAAACAGCAAACCAGUCCAGUAUGAUGUACAAAAACACACUUCUGUACAGUGUUUUUAAAUCGCUCAUCAAGUCAGAACUAAAGUUUUUGUAUUUAUUGCACCGCAUUUUAUACAGAUUUUUUUUUUCAAACACCAGUGCAGUAACUCGUCUCCCUUCUCACCAACGUGUAACGAACAUAGAUGAUGAAAUAAUGAGAUAAAACACACACACACACACACGGGGAGUUUUACGUUUUAUGCCUGUAUCUAACCAUUUUCUUACAUUUGGUGUAAUGAUUCCACAUUUGGUGACAGCAGCUGCUCGUCGGCCUGUAUUAUGUAUCACUGUAAUCGGUGUUUUAACGCAGUUCGGUAUUGAAAUGCCAGGGUUUUUUGUUGCAGAUAAAUGUAAUCAUGACAGGAUGAGAGAAUUUUCUGUAAACAUGUCUGCUUUUCUUCUUUGUUUUUGCCCAUGGAAGAAAUUUUUGGGGGUCACAGGGUGAAAAAGUGCCAAUGUUGCCAUGUUCUUUCCUUUAAAGUGUCUUUAAACUUGCUGUUGCUUUUGUUUUUUGAUUUUCAGCAGGGCCAAUGUUGCAGCUUUUCAGCAGUUUUUGGCUAAAAUAUUCUACGUGAAAUCCCCCUUUUUAUGUUGCUGGAGUCACAUAAUUAAGACCUGGAUGAAUUGCAGAUAAUUGUAUUGAAAGAUUUAUUUUUAGGACUAUUUUUGCUCUUCUCCUGUAGUUUAAGCUUUCUUUUUCCCUAUUAAACUUGUAGCUGAACGUAGGAAAAAAAGGAAAUAAUUAGGAUAUUUCUUUUUAACUCCAGUUUUGCUGGAGGUUUUUACAUUUUCACCUCAAAUCUUUUACAAAUUGAAUAAUCUGAAAAUUACUCAUUGGAGUUGAGCUAAUGAUAAAACUAAUCCACAGAGCUGAAGGUAAUGGAUUCUCUACGCUCUUGUUUUAUUUUUUUGUUUUUUUGCUUUAAUAGUACUUUGUUAGUGCAUCAUUAAGGCACUUUCCUUUGCGAACUUAAAACUUGAUGUUUCUGUAUGUCUUUGCUUUUCUCACAUCAGCCUCCUUGUUGCUCGAGGGAAUGUCUUCUGGUUUUUGUGGUUGUAUAAUUCCCACUGAAGCCUCUGUUUUUGUUGUAAUGGUGAUUGUUGUCGAGCUGGAGUGCAUGCUUCCAACAUCAGAGGAUUCCAAUCCAUGCCAAUGUUUGGCUGUAUUUGUUACUCUUGUUUUGAUUUUCACCACAUUGCACAGAGAUUCUGCAAAAAAAAAAAAAAAAAAAGAGAGAAGAAAAGAAAAACCCAAGCAGCCUUUUUUUUUUGUUUGUUUGUUUUUCUUUGCACCUGCAGAUCGCAUGAUCGCACUCGCAUCUUUGUGCCAGUUGGUCGCCUCCUGCCCUGCUGAGCUGACGCAGCUGAAGUGUUACUGCUUUAAUCGUCUCACCGUCUGGUUUUAUGUUUUUAUUUUCUCCUUUAAGUGACCCUUAACUCUGAUUUUUGUUUCAAAUCUACAAAGGAACACCCGAUCCCUCUCCCCUUUGUUUGUCAAAGGGAAUGUUUCAGUUCACUGUGACGACUUUUUGUUUUUGUUUUUUUGUGCAAUGUUGGGCCGUCUGUCGUUGAGGUCUCACCUGACGUCCUGUCAAAUAGUGUUGGAAUAAAUGAAUAAUUUCACCUACAUAAGCACUCUUCAUCUCUUCUGACUCGUAGGAAACCUGCUCACAGUAACUCUGACUGGGGUCAUAUCUAUCUCUCUUGGUGUCGCUUCUAUUAAACCGUGGAUGAACACACACCGCCAUGUUAACUACCUGUGUUUCUGCAUACCACACACACAUUGUCGAGGAACUUGUAAAUACUUUGCAUUGAAUUUGCAUAGACUCAUGUUACUGUGGUGUGCUCUUUUUUUAUUUUUUAUUUUUGCCUGUAAAAUUCUGCUUCUAAAUGUGUGUGACUGUUGAGAAGACACUCUUCUUUUUGUACAUGAUCUGUCUUUUUAUUUGAAGAUAUUGAUUCUGUCCUUUUUCAUUCUGAAGUUGAGUUUGAAGAGUUCAGACAUGCCUGAAGUUUGACUUUAAUAAAGCUGUACUCUGUCUCAGUGAAA